GAUGCUGAGCUCAGGUCUUCCUCCUGUUUUGCUGUUGCUCACAGCGCUGGAGCUGAGCUGGUCCCUGAGUGAUGAAGAAAAGAAGAUCAUCUUGGAUGGGCAUAAUAAAUACCGCUCCCGGGUCUCUCCUCCUGCUAUGGAUAUGCUGAAGAUGAGCUGGGACACGGAGCUGGAGGCCUUUGCUCAAGCCUACGCAGAGAAGUGCAUCUGGGACCACAACAAGGAGAGGGGACGACGGGGGGAAAACCUCUUCGCUAUGGCCCCAACCCUGGACCUGGAAUUCGCUGUGGAGGACUGGAACGGGGAGGAGAAAUACUACAACCUGACAACUUCCACGUGUGUCCCCGGGCAGAUGUGUGGCCACUACACCCAGGUGGUCUGGGCAAGCACGCAUCAGAUCGGCUGUGGGGCAAAUUUUUGUGAGAAGAUCGACGGAAUUGAAACAGAGGACAUGUACCUGCUUGUUUGCAACUAUUAUCCCCCGGGUAAUAUGAAAGGCCGAAAGCCGUACAAGGAAGGACCCUCGUGCUCACAAUGUCCCGAGGGCACGGUCUGUGUCAACUCCUUGUGUGCAGGUGCCCUGGACACUGAAGAACUGGAGACAAACUCAGACCAGACAAGCAUGGAUCAGCCCACGGGUGGAGCCCCCAGUACCUGCUUGGGGCUUUCACUCUUCCUCCUACCCAGUGUCAUCCUGGUGGGCCUUCUGCUUUGAAUGGUC